AUGAAAAAAAGGGGGGGAAAAGCGACGCAGGUGCGAAAGGGGGUCGUAGGUACCCGCGCCCGUUCGGCUAUUGAGGCGAGGGGUUGUAUGAGAUUUUAUGGAAAGACACCCCCGCGCGCCGGGUCCUCGUCAAAUGUCAAGUGGGUGACUCCUAUUCACCCACGCGACCGCUCGGGCAAUUGCGCCCUUUCGGGAGACACAUUUACGACCCAACGGUCAGCGGCGCACACACACACCUCCACCCUGCCCCGCGAAAUUCAACGCCGCGUAUCGGGAGGAUACACGCUGUUUGAGGAAGGGGUCGACCCCUCGCGCACCCUUCUCGCACCUAAGUCAAUUUGCCGCGUUAUGACAAUCUUGAUUGGCUUCCAAUCAAUCAUCGCCGAUGAACACCGUUGCUGCCUGAGGUUGGUGACGCUGGUUAAAGUUGUGGAUCCUAGAAAGCGCGGCGACCCCCUGUGUUCACUGCCUCUGCCUGAAAGGGGGCGGCCCGCUCCAGAACGCAGGCCGACGACUCCACCACCGGAUAAAACGAGGGUAAUAAUCCGCUUAGCUCCCGCACGCGCGGUAAGAAGCAGGGGGGGCGGGGGGGGGGAGAGGAAUAAUAAUAAUAAUAAUAAUAAUAAUAAUAAUAAUAAUAAUAAUAACAACAAUAAUCAUAAUAAAACCCGGAAGAUGGAGUUGACGUAUUGA